GUCUUGUGCCGUUGGCUGCACCGUUUACAUCGUGUCGUGCUUUCCCGACGUUUUUCCGAGUUUUCCGUGUGUUUUCACGAACUUUUCGUGACGUGCCAGUCUGUGUGUUUCAGAAACGUGUAGUGUUGUGUUAGUGUUUGUACUGGUUGUGUUUGGAUAGUGUAUGCUAUUUUGGAGUGCUGAGCGGAUAACAUGCAGCCUUAUAAGGACCCGACACCCUGACCCUUGCGCCUUGUGAUGGCCGUGUCACCGAUGAGUCAUCGCCAGCAAUCAGUAGAGGAGGAUGCUGCAAGCAGAGGAAGGCUCGCCGUCUAGGAGGAGUUCGGCGGAGGCGAGCAGUCGCCGGGUUCGCCGGUCGCGCGCCGUGUCUGCCGUGCCGGACACGAGCCGGUCACGGACGCGUGACGUCACAUCCUCCCUACACAAGUUGCAGCGCAAGUAUUCCCUGAACGAUGCCGACACAAGUGCAAAGUACUCGGUGAACGCUGCAACAAGUCGCGAUGCAGCAAGUCAAGACACAAGUGCCGGCGUGUUCCUGGUCGAGAGGGAACGGCAGAGGCUGGAAGUUCAGGGAGGAUCACGAGGAUCAGAGCUGUUCGCCGAGGGGUGUCUACUGGGGUUUGACAGAGAUUCCCAGAGGAACUGGAGUGGGAAAGAUGAGGGUAAGAGUGGGAAUAGUUCUGAGAGGAAUAGGGAUCCACAAGGAAGUGAGAAAGAGUCGCAUAGGAAUUGGAAUGAGAAGUAUGCACAAAGGUAUUGGAUUGAAGAGUCACAAAGGGACAGUUGUGAAGGGAAUCCACGAAGUAAUUGGAAUGAAGGAAAUUUACAAAGAAUCGAGAGAGUUGGACAAAGUACUGGAAGAUUUCCACAAGAAAGUGGAAGUGAACCAGAAAGAAUUAGAAAAUAUUCACAAGGGUAUGAAAGAGAUUGUCAGAGCAAUUGGAGUGAAGAAGUAUCACAAAGAAGUGAACAAGAUGCACAGAGGAGUGGAGAUGAUCCACAGCAGAAUUGGUUUGGUGAGAAGAAUGCACGAAGGAGUUGGCAUGAAGGGAGCUCAAAUGAAGGAAAUAAAAUACAUCAUAAGGUGACCAGAGACUUGGAAAAUGGGGAUCAUGUAGUUUCGAGUAGAAUUGGGGUUACAAGGAGUGUUGAGACCAUCUCUCAUGGGGCAGGUAGCUCCAGAGAUUCAGUGGGUUGUGGGACGAAUCCAACUAUGGAUGGGGAAAGAAGACUGAACAAUUUUGUAGUGAAUACUCACGCAAUUAGGGAUGUGGUAAGGAGAUUCGAUGUGAGGGAAAGUUGUUCAUCGGAAUGUGGAUUGAAUAGUUAUUCAUCUAGGAAUGGGGAUCGAAGAUCCAGUGUGAAUUGUACAACGAGUUGUAAUACAACUGGGAAUGCUGAAACUGUACAAAAUUCACAGGGUGCAGGUUCAAUGGGUAGUAACAAUCUGAUUGCUAGAGAUGAUUGUGAUAGACAUAAGACCUGGAUAGAAGAAGGGAGUAAAUUUGAUUCUCUGCUGAUAGAUAAUGAGUUGAACCCUCAGGUGACAAAAUUUAGUGAAAACAGAAAGCUCAUUAAUGUGAAUAAUGUUUUGGAAAGUGAACCUUUGACAAGUUCACGGUUUGCAGAUAGUAUAUCCAAUCCUCAUUUAGAUAAUAACAAUAUUGAGAAUGAAGAAAAUCUUGUUUUGAAUGGUAAUGUAGACUCGAAAAUUAUUGGGAAAAACGGUUUAGAUGAUGAAGAGACCCAUAGGAUGCUAGAAAAUAGUCUAUCAACAAGCUCUAACAGAAGUGAGAGAUCUGGUACUAAUGAUGGAGAAACAGAAAAUGUCACCCCAAGACACCGGCCAAAAAGCUGGUAUGCCAAAACAACAACAGCUGAAGAAGAACAAGCCAAAGCCAGACGUCGAAAAACUCAUCCAGGACACCAUGCUGACUACCAGGAAGCACUUUCGUCACUCCUCUGGCAACCCUAUGAGUGUCAACGGGAAUUGACCACAGUAUGCUCAUCUCCUGAUGAUUCUGAUGUUGCUUACUGGUUAGGGUGUAGACUGCCUGAGUUUAGGAUCCCUAGGGAGGAACAGGAGUUGAGAGGGGUACCCGGAUAUGAAGGUGGCAGUAGUAGACUGGGGUAUGGGAGUAGAGAUGAUGAUUGUACAAGGGUACCAGGGUACCGUGAUGACAACGGUAGUCUAUCAUCUGCUGGAACAACAUCGUCACUGUCAUCCUCGGACGGUGGUGGGGUCAGUGACCGGGAAGAGUGGUUGGAAAGGUUGCCGCCAGUAGCGCUGGUGUCGCCGCAGCCGCCAGUUGCAACCGGUUGCUUGCAGGGAGCAGUCGUCAGUCUAGCUCCGGACGCGGGCAAGAAUGGUAGUGCUAUGCGGUCGCCCGUUGUCGACUCGCUUCCACCAGCUGUAAGUGGACCUGUUGUUUCUAAUAUUAAUAAUUUGACGACGAGUAACAGUAAUAAUAAUGUGAGUUUAGUGCGGUGUUACGCGGGAUCUAGUGGUGUUUCUUCAGUGCCUAGUAUCGAUUGUGUAGUGGCUAGCAGUAGUAGUAACAGCACAUCAACUGCAAACCCAGUGAGAACGUUCACAUCGACAGAAGCCCAGACCGACGAUGUUGUCGUGGAAACCUCUGCGACCGUCGUCCGCCCCCGGGAGCGGCGGCGACACAACCGCCAACGACAACCUCCACAACCGCCCCUUCCACCUCCAAACUCUACCUCCAACCCUAACCUGACUGACCGUCUUCCUGAUAUCCUCAACUCUCAUCUGCCGCCUCCCUACACGACCCUUCCACCCCCACAUCUAGGUUUGCCACCCCCUGUGCCUGUGCCCAGUUCUAUUCCGGUGCUGACCGCUGUUCCGCCGCCUCCACCGCUCCCGCACACGCCUGCCACCGUCACCAAUUUGGUCGCUGGAUUACGGUUCCCGUUCGCCAUUGUGCCUGCUGGAAGACGAAGAUCACGUCAGUACGCGAGCAGCGAGGAGCCGAAGUCAUGCUGCGGGGUGGUGGUGUCGCAGGCUGCCUCGGUUCGCUGGUUGAUGCUGCUGGUGCUGCUGGUUGGACUGUGCUGUGCAUUUGUCGGCACCCUACUGCUGGUCACACGGGCUGCCGGCCGAGACCAUCUCACGCUCGCACUGCUCAUCAUAGGUGUAGGAAUAGUGCUGGUGGGUGUGAGUGCGGCGGCAUGGCGACUGACAGGGGCCGGUGACGGGAGCGGGGCGGGGGGCUUGUCGUGUCGUGCCAUGCUGGGUCUGGGGGGGCCUGACGAGAUAGGGGCCAGUGAGCCCAAUCGACGAUUUGUGCCCCGGUUGCCCCCCUCUUAUGGCAGGCCACAUCAUCCCUACGCUGCCAUGAUGUACCCGGAGUUUCAGUACAGAGCUCCUCCUCCCUCCUACCAGGCAUCCAUGCAAGAGUACCGACUGCGCCUGCUGCUAUUGGACAGGCACUCGACACCACCAACCAAUAGCAUGUCUCCUCCUCCUACCUACAGGUCGCAGGCUGGUAGUUUGCUCAGAGCGCCGAUCGUGACGAACCGACGAGACCUGCUUCACUACCAAAUGGCCGCCAGCCAACAGUCGGACUACAGCCGACCGCCGAGUUACCGCUCCCGCACCAGCUGUUCACGAAGCAACGGACCCUGCGAACCCGGCACGCACUCGCUCAGCUCGCACAGUCGAGACCCCUCGCAACUCAGCAUGACGUCAGACGCGGGAGCCGUCACCCCGCCCACUGUCAACGUCAUCACCGUUCAUCACGAGGAAUCGGAACCCAUCAUCAAGCUGGCUCCCGGUGACGAGACGGCGCUUUCGCCUAUUGCUCCCAAAGACGACUCAAACCUGGUGACGAUUGUGCAGACCAGCUCCCAGUCGACGGGCCCGGUCAUCGUGACUAUUUCGGGCAACUCUGAUGACGGACAGUGUAGUAGGGAUACGGAAAUGGAGAUUCUGGCACAUCUAUAGCUCUGGGCCAGGCAUACUGAUGCAACUGUCAGUCAGAUGUUCGUUACAAAGAUUUGGUUUAGCUUUAUACUAGCUGUAUAAAUUGUAUUGUAUACUAUUAGUACAUACUAGUAUACUACACAAUAAAUAAGGACAGAAAACACUUUUUAGAUCGAGAACAUGAGAGGAAUUCAACUUACUUACAUGAAGAUAUUUUGGAAGCUGUGCUUCCUUCUUCAAGUCAGCCAGUUCAUUUUUUGAGAUCGAGAACAUAAGUUCAACAAUGAACUUACAUUGUUGAAGAUUUUUUGGUUGCUGUGCUUCCUUCUUUAGUCAGGAGUAAAUCAGUUGAUUUUUUCUAUGUUCUUUAUCUGUAUAGUAUAUUUUUGUCCUUGUUUAUUAACAAUUAUUUUUAAUUGACAUUCAUUAGGUAGUAUACUAUAUCAUUGAAUUCAGCAUGUGGUAUUAUACAGAAAUAAAAAAGCACGUAUUGUAGUAUGAAGAUAACUUGGCAACCACUGUUAUAUUUACUCGCCUAAUUUACUUCACGUGUUACUUUUAAUCAAAUCUAAUUGUUUAUGAUCAGUUUAUCAGAAUCAUUAAUUAGUUUACGUAAAAAAAAUAAAUACUAGGGAAGAUUGCUGCCCUAUUUUCAGUUUAGAAACAACUUGUAGGGCUUAUUAUUACUUUCUUGUACAUAUCUCAUGUAGGCCUACUUUCAGUACCUACAUAGCCUACUUUCAUGUAGGUCGGAUUUCUGUCAUAUAGUUGGUCUUUACAAACACAUUUUAAAUCAUCCAUAUUGUAUAAAUAUGUUACAUUAGUUGGUAAGAGUAAAACGACUCUCUGAUGAAAGCCUCUCCUAAAUAGAGAUGAUAAAUCUCUUAAAAUAUUUAUUGAAUUAUUGAUUUCUGCCAAGUUAUUUGAAUGCUACUAUACAUUAUGUGAUGGUUUAAAGCUUGGAAAUGCUCAAAUAUAAUUUUCUUCUUGGUUCGUAGGAUAGCAAAAUCUGAAGACAAAUAUUCAACGAAUUCUUAUUUUCUUCGCUUAAAUUAGUUUAAAAUUAAACGAGAAAAAUAUAUUUUAGAAUAGAAUUUCUAAUUCAGGCCUACAAUGCUUAUUUUUUAAUUUCUGUACUUUAUCCUAAUUAUUAUUCUAAUUGAGAUGUGAAUCAUUAAGAUGUUUCAUCUUGAAUGAUUCACCAUCAAUUUCUGUUAAAUUGUAUUUCCAAAGUAAGUCCUUAGAAAACUAGACUACAUUUUGAUUUCACUUCUUGAUCUUUCUUCAUCCUGUAUUUAGUAUAUUUCAAACCUUGCCGAUGAAGUUUUAUAAAAAGCUUUAUCAAUAACUACUGUGUCCAUGAUAAUUAUACCAUAGAAUAUUUGAUACACACCAUCUACUCGUAACAAACUUGUAAAUCCAUCACUAUUAUUAUAAUUGAUUUUAAUUUGUCAAUGAACAUCAAAUUUGUUAAUACUGUAAUUUUGUUUGAAAUUAUUUCAAUCAUCCAUAGUAUGUAAAUAAGUCUUGUAUAUAGACUAUUAUGUUGUGCUGGCUCAUUCAUGAAGAAAUGUGAAUGCUAUCAAUGGAAAUGUGUGAAAAUUGUUAGUAGUACAACUAAUUAAGCUAGUCUUAUGUGUAAAAAUAUUGAUAUUUUUGUAUUAGCCAAAUUAUUGAUAUCAGUAAGGUGCUCUCGUUGCAUAUAUAGGGAUCGAGUCAAUAUGCUCCAUCGAAACAUUGUAAUAAAGACAAAAUUUGAAGCUAAAAUUCUUCAAUAUUAAGCAGUUAUUCAACUCAUCCACUCUUCAGUCAAACCAAAUCCAUUUCCGUUCCAAAUAUUCAAAUACAGAUAAAAAUAAUCCAAGUUGAAGUGCCAUUUUUUCAAUUGUAUUUGACAAUUUUCAUGUUCUGAGAGACUACGUUACAUAUUAUGAGCCUCAAUUGAAAUGAAACUUAUUUAUAUCUUGGAAGCACGAGAAUACCCCCAACCACGUACCGAAAAUUUGAAUUCAUUUUCUUCUACAAGAAUUAUUUAUCUAAAAGGAGCUCCAAGAAUGAUAAAAUACCAUAUAGUUUCUAACACUAUCAAAAAUAAUCACAUAUUUUUUCAAGUAUAAUUCACAGUUGUUAGGUACCUCUCAUGGGAUUUUCUUGGGAAGUGUCAUUUAGCUUUGAGGAAAAUUGAAUGUUAUGGAAAAAUACACCAUCUCUGAAUUUAAGAAACACUAUGGUAAGCGAUAUUAAGAAUGGUGCUACAGUAUUGCAGAGUUGUAUAUUUUUAUGAGAAAGGAUCAUGUCGGUAUAUGAAUGGCUCCUGUAUAGAGAUUUUAAGCGAUGAGGAACAUUAUUUAUAAAGUUGAUUGACAAAGAAGAAUAUUGUUGAAAAAGUGAUGUGUUGAUUGUAUUGAUAGUAGAUUAUAAUAGAUCUGUUUUGAUGAAUUGCUCGAGAGGAUAUAGUAAAUUAGUGCCUGAAAUUGACUAAUUAUAUGGAUGACAAAUUAACUAAAACAUGAAUGCUCAUAUGAUUAGAAAGAUAUUUGAAACUGUACUACACAAACUCCACUCUUUAUUAUUUUAUUAGAAUGUGAAUUUACUCAUUUGAAAAAUAUUUUUUCAAUAAGAUUGCUCCAAUUAGUGAAAAUUGACCAUCAGUUGAAAAACAUCAAAAUUUUAUCCACAUGAAAACAUUUUGAAAGCGUAGCUGAAAGAUUUGAAACAAACUGAAUGGUCCUUAAAAUGUAGUUGGUUUCGAAGAAAUCAAAUUUCAAUAUUAUGCAGCUGUCUUCCUACAGUGAGAAUCACUUGAAACUGUCAUCAUUCAUUAUAAAUAGCAUCAAUGCUUCUCAUUCAACCAAUGCUGACAAUCUCACUUCCAGUUGCUAAACCUUGAAAUAUCCUCUGUUGUUCUUCGCUGUUGAACAUCAAUUGUUUGUAAAAAAUCAAUGAUCAUCUCUUGGAAAUAAAUUGAACUCUGUACGGUAUUGAAGUCACUUCAAACAGUCGGUAUCAUUUGAAUGAUUAGCAUUGAUGCUAUUCAUUAUGAAUGUCUCACUACAACGAUUUCAAAUUUAAACGAAAUUGAUAGUUUUCAAAUAGUUAUUGCCGACUAUGCCAUCCUGAGCCCUUUUAGAAGAUGAUCUGUAUAACCAUGGUAUGAUCUUUUUCUCGAAUUCAAUUUAUCAUCAACUUUGACCCCUAAAACUCAAAAUACAAUAUUCUGAAAGUGAAUAUUAUUAAUAUAUAAAUUCUGUGAGUCGUAAAUCAUGAAAAAGUCUCAAUAUCCAUAAUACUGUACUUCAUCUCGUAAUAUCAAUGAGACAGUCAUGUAUAUAUUUUUCAUGUAACAGCUUCAGCAUCGAAGAAUUUGUACAAUAAGUUUGAACAUAUUAUUGUUGAUUGUAAUCAAAUAUUCACUGUUAUAACUAAUCCAAUUUUACUUGUGUAUAAAAACAAUGUACAUUAUGUAUAAUGUGAUGAUAAUGUAAUCAGAUUGUAUUAUAAGAUGAUUUAAGUGUUUAAUAAUUUUGUAAAUAGCAGAAAUAUACCUAACUUUAUUUUGAUCUUAGUAUUAAUUGAACGAUUGUGAGACGAUGAUAUUUCCUGUUUUAGCAGCUAAGCGCGAAUUUGUGUCAGGGAGAUGUACCUAAAAAAUAAAUAUGAAAUAUUUAUAUAAUACAAA